AAAAAAGAGAAGAAAAAUUGGAAAAAAUGCUUUCCUAUUUCUCAUCCAAAGCCUCCUCAUCGCUCUCACUCCCUCUCCUCCUUCCCCUCUCUCACCGACCUCCGAAAUUCCGAUUUUGCCCCUCGUUUCCCCUCAAAUUUCCAAGGUUCAGCCUCGCAUGCUACGCUAGCUCCGGCGGCGGCGGUGGUGGUGUUGUUGGUGGACUUUCAAUGGACUCGCCUUCUAUAGACGUCGCCUCUAUCUCCGUCGAUUCCGUCGCUCGGGAUUUGCAGAAUCAGACCUUGCAGAGCGAUGAUCACAAAGCUAUUGGUGAUAUUAGUAAUGGAGCUAAGAAGGUUAGGUUGAAUCUCGAGGAUCUGAAUUGGGACCAAUCCUUUGUUAGAGAGCUCCCCGGUGAUCCCAGGACCGACAGUUUUCCACGAGAGGUUUUGCAUGCUUGUUAUUCAAAAGUGUCUCCAUCAGUGCAAGUGGAUAAGCCUCAACUUGUUUCUUGGUCAGAAUCAGUAGCUGAGUUGCUUGAUUUGGACCCCAAGGAAUUCGAAAGGCCAGAUUUUCCUCUCUUGUUUUCUGGGGCUUCUCCUUUGGUGGGGUCAGUACCUUAUGCUCAAUGCUAUGGAGGACAUCAAUUUGGAAUGUGGGCUGGACAGUUGGGAGAUGGUCGGGCAAUAACACUUGGUGAAGUAAUUAAUUCUAAGUCUGAAAGAUGGGAACUUCAGCUUAAAGGUGCUGGGAAGACUCCAUACAGCCGAUUUGCAGAUGGUCUUGCAGUGCUGCGUAGUAGCAUUAGGGAGUUCCUUUGCAGUGAGGCAAUGCAUAGUCUUGGAAUCCCAACAACUCGGGCACUUUGUCUGGUCACAACUGGAAAAUCUGUUGUUCGAGACAUGUUCUAUGAUGGGAACCCAAAGGAGGAGCCAGGUGCAAUUGUCUGCAGAGUUGCUCCAUCAUUUCUGCGGUUCGGUUCAUACCAAAUACAUGCAGCUAGAGAAAAAGAGGACCUUGAGAUUGUUCGUAUUCUGGCAGAUUACGCCAUCAAGCAUCACUUUCCUCAUAUAGAGAAUAUGGACAAAAGUGAGAGUUUAUCCUUUAGCACAGGCGAUGAAGAUCAUUCAGUUGUGGAUCUGACUUCUAAUAAGUACGCAGCUUGGGCUGUGGAGGUUGCUGAGCGUACUGCAUCUUUGGUUGCCAAGUGGCAAGGAGUUGGUUUUACUCAUGGUGUUUUGAACACUGAUAACAUGAGCAUUUUGGGACUCACCAUUGAUUAUGGCCCAUUUGGAUUUUUGGAUGCAUUUGAUCCAAGUUACACCCCAAAUACUACAGACCUUCCUGGCAGAAGAUAUUGUUUUGCCAAUCAGCCUGAUAUAGGCUUAUGGAAUGUUGCACAGUUCGCCACUACUCUGUCCUCUGCUGGAUUGAUAAAUGAUAAAGAGGCAAACUAUGCCAUGGAAAGAUAUGGAACCAAAUUUAUGGAUGAAUAUCAAGCUAUAAUGACUAGAAAACUUGGUCUUCCCAAAUACAAUAAACAGUUGAUAAGUAAACUUCUUAACAAUAUGGCUGUUGACAAGGUCGAUUACACAAAUUUCUUUCGGUUGCUAUCGAACAUCAAAGCUGAUGUUAGCAUCCCAGAAGAGGAGUUAUUGGUUCCACUGAAGGCUGUUCUGUUAGAUAUUGGGAAGGAGCGCAAAGAGGCGUGGACUGCAUGGGUAAAAUCCUACACGGAGGAGCUAGCGGCUAGUGGCAUCUCAGAUGAGGAGAGGAAGGCCUCGAUGAAAGCAGUGAACCCAAAAUAUGUUCUCAGGAAUUAUCUCUGCCAGAGCGCCAUUGACGCAGCUGAACAAGGCGAUUUUGAGGAGGUUCGAAGGCUGCUGAAAGUAAUGGAACGGCCAUACGACGACCAGCCAGGAAUGGAAAAAUAUGCUCGCUUGCCACCCGCCUGGGCAUACAGGCCUGGCGUCUGCAUGCUUUCUUGUUCUUCUUGACUUGUUUGUGUUUCUCUCCACGUUAUUAUAUAAGCACACCCUUAAGAAAAGUCUUGGCUUUUUUCCCAGUUUCUUUUCCUGGGUUGAAGAGAAGUUGCUUUUUCCAAAAGAAAGAAAAUUUAAAGGAGCAAUUUCUUGUAUAUAUAUAAUAGUGAAAAAUUCAGUUUCUUUUUUUUUGCCUCUUAUAAUAAAGAGCAGUAGUUGUAUAUGCUCCUUGGCUUGAUGUAGUAGCCAGGAGGUUUAUUCAUUAAUUAUUAUGUGAUUUACACUUUGGAGUUUAUGCAGCUAAGUAAACGUGGGUUUUUUUUUUUGUUCCCAUUCAAUUUCCACUGA